AGGCGUGGGCGGGAUUUCCGGUUUCUCUCUGGACGCCAUUUGCCUACAGGGUUCGCUCCCGGCAGGAUUCGACGGGCGGAGUCCUGGGCUCGCGCGGCUCCCCUGGUCUUUCGUGGGGCCAGAGCAGAAGGGUGCGGAUCCCCUUCGUGCCUUUGAACAGGUCGUGAGUCCCUAGACGGUGGCGUGCCCUGGUCGCCCGCCGGCCCGCGGCCUCUGCGGGCCUCAGCAGCGGCCCUGGUCUCCGCGUUCACGAGGGCGGCGCCCGGCUCCGGGGCGGCUUGUUCGCGGAGGGCGGCGGUCAGCCGAGGUCGCCCAGCCCAGGCGGGCGGCGACGAGGGGCAGCGGGCCGCCCCGGGCUCGCCUCUCCCAGGCGGCCUGGACCGCAACUCCCAUCAUGGCGGCGCCGACCCACCGGACCCAGGACACACGAUUGGGUGGAUUGGUGGAGCUCCCUUAGCCUCAGGUCACUGACUGGCAUGGAGGUAAUGAGAGAUGUACUCAAAGCCUGUGGGAGAAUCAAGGAAAAUGUCAAAGCCCAUGGAAUGUUGAAUAAUUUUCUAAAACUCACGACUGUUAUUGGUGAAGUGGGAACUGUUAUUGUAUUGAUCCAGAAAUGGAGGCUCAGAAAUGAAGUGAUUGAUGUCUCCAAGGUAACACAGCUGGCAAGUGUCGGGUUUCAAGAGUUUGGAUGCAAACCACGGGAGACUGACAAAAGAACUGGGGACUUUUAGUCGCUUUAACCAGGAUAUGAAGCCCUCAGCAUGGGUCAGGCAGUUAGCAGGACCAGGGAGGCGCAGGUGUCUGUGACCUUUGAUGACGUGGCUGUGACUUUCACCCAGGAGGAGUGGGGGCAUCUGGACCCGGCUCAGAGGACCCUGUACCGGGAGGUGAUGCUGGAGACGUGCAGGCUCCUGAUGUCUUUGGGGUGUCCUGUCCCCAGACCUGAGCUGAUCUACCGACUGGAGCACGGGCAGGAGCUGUGGACGGUGAAGAGAGACCUCUCCCGAUGCCCCUGUCCAGGAUACAGCUCAGAAGAAGGGCCAGAGGUAUUCCAAUCACAAAGCUUCCGUGUCUUCAGCGACUCUUUACCUCCAGGAUUCAAUGCUUGGCAGUAUGUACACGGAGUGUUGGCAACCCAUAAACCUCACCAGAGCCCAGUUGACGAAGGAAAACCCAAGACCACAGAACUUAACAGUUGUGAACCAACGCUGUCUGAAGGAGCCUCUCUCCAGGAACUGACACAGGGAGGCCCAGGAGACUCCCAGUUGGGACAAACCAAGGAUCAGGAUGUGCCGCUGGAAAUGCAGGAAGACCACUUUGUACCAGGGAUCAACCCCCAGAGGGAGAAGCUUCAUGAACAAAUAAGUCCUGAACAUGGCAGCUUAAGGACAGCUGGUGGUGUGUGUUCAAGGGUCGAAGAGGAACCAGUCCCUCUAGGGGAUGCUGUCCAUGACCGUGACUCCUGUGGAUCAGGUAAAGAUCCCCUGAUUCAGGAAGAGGAAAGUCUCUUCAAAUGCAAUGAGUGUGGGAAAGUUUUUAACAAGAAACACCUUCUUGCUGGACAUGAAAAGAUUCACUCUGGAGUGAAGCCCUAUGAAUGCACUGAGUGUGGGAAAACCUUCAUUAAGAGCACACACCUUCUGCAGCACCAUAUGAUCCACACCGGGGAGAGGCCCUACGAGUGCAUGGAGUGCGGCAAGGCCUUCAACCGCAAGUCCUACCUGACACAGCACCAGCGGAUUCACAGUGGGGAGAAGCCCUACAAGUGCAGUGAGUGCGGAAAGGCCUUUACUCACCGCUCCAAUUUUGUCUUACAUAAGAGGAGACACAAUGGGGAAAAAUCCUUUGUGUGCAAAGAAUGUGGGCAGGUCUUCCGACACAGGCCCGGAUUCCUUCGCCAUCACAUCAUCCACGGUGGCGAGAAUCCAUAUGAGUGCUUUGAGUGUGGCAAGGUCUUCAAACACAAGUCCUACCUCAUGUGGCACCAGCAGACCCACACUGGGGAGAAGCCCUACGAGUGCAGCGAAUGUGGGAAAGCCUUCUGUGAGAGCGCAGCCCUCAUUCACCACUACGUCAUCCACACCGGGGAGAAGCCCUUCGAGUGCCUCGAGUGCGGGAAGGCCUUCAACCACAGGUCAUACCUCAAGAGGCACCAGCGGAUCCACACUGGGGAGAAGCCUUUUGUGUGCACCGAGUGUGGAAGGGCCUUCACCCACUGCUCUACUUUCAUCUUGCAUAAAAGGGCACACACUGGCGAGAAACCUUUUGAGUGCAAAGAAUGUGGGAAAGCCUUUAGCACUAGGAAAGACCUCAUUCGGCACUUCAGCAUCCACACUGGAGAGAAGCCUUAUGAGUGCACGGAGUGUGGGAAGGCCUUCAACCGCAGGUCUGGCCUCACCAGACACCAGCGGAUUCACAGUGGAGAGAAGCCCUAUGAAUGCAUGGAGUGCGGGAAGUCCUUCUGCUGGAGCACAAACCUCAUUAGACAUGCCAUCAUCCACACUGGAGAGAAGCCCUAUAAGUGCAGUGAGUGUGGAAAGGCCUUCAGUCGCAGCUCCUCGCUCACUCAGCAUCAAAGGAUCCAUACUGGGAGAAACUCUGUCAGUGUGACAGAUGUGGGAAGACCCUUCACAAGUGGGCAAACCUCUGUCACCCUCCGAGAACUCCUAUUGGGGAAAGACUUUUUGAAUGUAAACACAGAGGAAAAUCUUUUGCAAGAGAAAGUAUCUACCGUGACAUCUGAUCGUACAUACCAAAGAGAAACCCCUCAAGCAUCUUCGCUUGGUCCUGCUGUCUUCAUCACCCUGGCCAAGACCAGCAGUGACUCCCGUGUGUAUAUAACGCGGCGUUUCACAAUUGAUGAUUUUGAAAUCGGGCGUCCUCUCGGCAAGGGAAAAUUUGGGAAUGUUUACCUGGCUCGCCUGAAGAAAAACCAUUUCAUCGUGGCCCUGAAAGUCCUGUUCAAGUCUCAGAUAGAGAAGGAAGGCCUGGAACACCAGCUGCGCAGGGAAGUUGAAAUCCAGGCCCAUCUGCAACACCCCAAUAUCCUGCGCCUGUACAACUACUUCCAUGAUGCGCGCCGCGUGUACCUGAUUUUAGAAUAUGCCCCAAAGGGCGAGCUGUACAAGGCGCUGCAAAGGAGUCACACGUUUGAUGAACAGCGUACAGCCACGAUAAUAGAGGAGUUGGCAGACGCUCUGAUCUACUGCCAUGAAAAGAAGGUGAUUCACAGGGAUAUUAAGCCGGAGAACCUGCUGCUCGGGCUCAUGGGUGAAGUGAAGAUUGCAGACUUCGGCUGGUCUGUGCACACCCCCUCUCUGAGGAGAAGGACCACGUGUGGGACGCUGGACUACUUGCCCCCAGAAAUGAUCGAGGGGAGAACAUACGAUGAGAAGGUGGAUCUAUGGUGCAUUGGGGUCCUCUGCUAUGAGUUGCUGGUAGGAAAUCCACCCUUUGAGAGUGCCUCCACUAGUGAGACCUACAGACGCAUCCUCAAGAAAAAACUACAUUACCCAGAAAGUGCUACACUGCGCGACUGCCGCAGCUAUUCUGUGGCUUCCUCCAGUGCCGUCUUCGCAAAUGAGCAGAAAGGUGGCUUGGGUUCCCUUGCGCGCGUUCGAGCUGGCUGUGAGCCUACCCGUGAUCGGCCACCUCGCCCAGAGCAAGGAACGAGCGGCGGUCGGCUGAACCCGCGGGACUCGCCUCUGUCGCCGCCUCUCCGGGUCCCGCUAUCUCCUCAGGGGCCCAUGAUGGCGGCGGCGUGGAUGGACCCGGCGCGGCUGUCUGUGACCUUCGAUGAUGUGGCUGUGACCUUCACCCAGGAGGAGUGGGGGCAUCUGGACCCGGCCCAGAGGACCCUGUACCGGGAGGUGAUGCUGGAGAACUGCGGCCUCCUGGUGUCUCUGGGGUGUCCUGUCCCCAGACCUGAGCUGAUCUACCGGCUGGAGCACGGGCAGGAGCUGUGGACGGUGAAGAGAGACCUCUCCCGAUGCCCCUGUCCAGGUGACAAAGGACAACCCAAGACCAGAGAAUCUACCACUUCUGAGCCAUUCCUGUUUGAGGGAGCCUCAGUCCAAGAACAGCUAACACAGAGAGUUUCAGAGGACUCCCAGUUGGGCCAAAUCAACAAUCAAGAAGAGCCAUUGGAAAGGCAUGAAGGAUGCUUGAGACCAGAGAUAGAACCCCAGAACGGGAAGCUCCCUGGGAAUCCACGCUGUGAACAUGGCAGCUUAGGGACAGCUGGUGGUGUGUGUUCAAGGAUCGUAGAGGAGCCAGUCCCUCCAGGGGGUGCUGUCCAUGACCGUGACUCCUGUGGAUCAGGUAAAGAUCCCCUGAUUCAGGAAGAGGAAAGUCUCUUCAAAUGCAAUGAGUGUGGGAAAGUUUUUAAUAAGAAACGCCUCCUUGCUCGACAUGAGAGGAUUCAUUCUGGAGUGAAGCCCUAUGAAUGCACAGAGUGUGGGAAAACCUUUAGUAAGAGCACUUAUCUCCUUCAACACCACAUGGUCCACACCGGAGAGAAGCCCUAUAAGUGCAUGGAGUGUGGCAAGGCCUUCAACCGCAAGUCACACCUGACACAACACCAGCGGAUUCACAGUGGGGAGAAGCCUUAUAAAUGCAGUGAAUGUGGAAAGGCCUUCACCCACCGUUCCACUUUUGUUUUACAUAACAGGAGCCACACUGGAGAAAAACCUUUUGUGUGCAAAGAAUGUGGAAAAGCCUUCCGAGAUAGGCCGGGUUUCAUUCGACACUACAUCAUCCACAGUGGCGAGAAUCCAUAUGAGUGCUUUGAGUGUGGCAAGGUCUUCAAACACAGGUCCUACCUCAUGUGGCACCAGCAGACCCACACUGGGGAGAAGCCCUACGAGUGCAGCGAAUGUGGGAAAGCCUUCUGUGAGAGCGCAGCCCUCAUUCACCACUACGUCAUCCACACCGGGGAGAAGCCCUUCGAGUGCCUCGAGUGCGGGAAGGCCUUCAACCACAGGUCAUACCUCAAGAGGCACCAGCGGAUCCACACUGGGGAGAAGCCCUAUGUGUGCACCGAGUGUGGAAAGGCCUUCACCCACUGUUCCACUUUUAUCUUACAUAAAAGAGCCCACACUGGCGAGAAACCUUUUGAGUGCAAAGAAUGUGGGAAAGCCUUUAGUAAUCGGGCAGACCUCAUUCGGCACUUUAGCAUCCACACUGGAGAGAAGCCUUAUGAGUGCACGGAGUGUGGGAAGGCCUUCAACCGCAGGUCUGGCCUCACCAGACACCAGCGGAUUCACAGUGGAGAGAAGCCCUAUGAAUGCAUGGAGUGUGGAAAAACCUUCUGCUGGAGCACAAACCUCAUUCGACACUCCAUCAUCCACACUGGAGAGAAGCCCUAUGAGUGCAGUGAGUGUGGAAAGGCCUUCAGUCGCAGCUCGUCCCUUACUCAGCACCAGAGGGUUCAUACUGGGAGAAACCCUGUCAAUGUGACAGAAGUGGGAAGACCCUUUACAAGUGGGCAAACCUCAGUCAACCUUCAAGAACUCCUAUUGGGGAAAGACUUUUUGAAUGUAACCACUGAGGAAAAUCUUUUGCCAGAAGAAACAUCUUACUCAGAAUCGGAUCAUUCAUACCAAAGAGAAACCCCACAGUUUUCUUCCCUGUGAGAAAAACUAUUGCAGGUUAUUAAUUAUCGUCUAAAGACUCAUAUUGGAAAUUGACCCAACCUAGAGCCUUAUUCUGCAUGUGAGAAUUCAUCAAGGAGAGAGACCCAGUGGUUAUUAUGCACUUCGGAAAGCCUUCAGCUCCAUCUUACUUAGUUUACAUUUCACUAUUAUCUCAGGAAUUUUUUUUUAAAAAAGAAGGGAGAGACUUAGAAAAUGAACUGCAAAAAAGUUUCUUUCAGACUUCUUGCCAAACUGUGGCACUUUGUCAGAUUCCUUAGUUAACUGGUAGGAAGAGGGUUUUGUUUCCAUGGUAAAGAACCUAUACUAUGUGUCUUGUAUAUACAUUCAUUGCCAUCCAAUGUAAGGUGAGUUAGACAGGUCUGGAACCUUUCAUCGAACAUCUUCUUUGUUCUGAAACAUUGUCUCUAUUCUUAAGGAGCUUAAAUUUUAGUUUGAGACACUAAAUACUUUUAUAUUUAAGGAGCUAAGAAUUCACAUGUGAAUGGGCAUGUUGUUUUGCACUGUUUAAGACUAUUUAGUCUUUGAUUUUUAAAAGACAAACCUUUUUUUAUAUGGUUUUAAAGAGCUAAUAUUCAGACUUUUUUGUGGUCCUAUACUAAUCCUGGUUUACUGAUUGCUCUAGUUAUAUGGUAAGUCUUUUAAUUGGGUAAAGUGAUUCUUCUUUUCCCAGUUCAGUCUUCUUAUUUAAAACUUCAGUAUUCUUAUUUAAAACUGAUUUAGCAUUCUUAUUAUUUUGAAUUUCCAUAUAAAGUUUUAUGUAAGUUUUUACUAGAAAAAUUAUUGAAUUUUGAAAGAAAUUGAGUUAAAUUGGCAGAAUAAUAUGUUUAGAGUCAGCAUGUUUGCUGUCUUGAGUCUUCCAGUUUAUGAAUGUAUUAUGUCUGUAUAUUUAUUUGCUAUCUCUUGAUUUAUUUCAUUGUUAUUUAAUAAGUCUCAAUAAUAGGUUCUGUACAGUUUUUAUAAGAUUUAUAUAUAGAUGUGGGUUUUUUGUUUGGUGGUUUUUAGUAAUUAUAGAUUGCAUUGAUUUUAAAAUUUUCAACUUCCAUAUGGUCUUUAGUAUAUAUAUAUUUUUCAUAUCCUACAAUCUUGCUAUUUCUUUGGAUAGAAUGCUUGGGAUUUUCUACAUAGAAAUAUCAUCUGCAAGUAGAGAAGUUUUAUUUCUUUCUUCUCAUCUAUAUACCUAUCAUUUUCUUUUCUUGUCUUAUUGCACUUGCUAGGACUUCCAAUAUGAUUUUGAAGACUAGUAGUGAGAAAACAUGUCCUUGGCCGGUUCCUGAUGUUAGGGGGAAAACAUUCGGAUUUUAAUCAUAAACUAUGGUGUUAGUUGUAAGGUUUUCUUCAUAGGGCUUUCUUUAUCAAGUUUAGAAAGUUUCCCAUAUUCCUAAUUGGCUGAGAAUUUUUUGUUGCUAUGAAUGAGUGUUGAAUUUGUCAAAUGGUUUUUUUUUAAUCAACUGAUAGAGUCUUGUGUUUUUUUCUUCUCUAGCCUAUUGUUAUAUAUUACAUUUAUUUGAGUUUUGAAUGCUGAGCCAGGCUUGUAUCCUUAGAAUAAGCCCUACCUGGUCAUGGAGUACAGUUAUUUUUAUAUAUAUUACUGUAUUUAAUAUGCUGGUAUUUUGUUGAGGAAGUUUUCCUCUCAUUUUAUGAGUGACAAUGGUAUGUAUUAAGUAGUUUUCUUUCUUUCUUUCUUUUUUUCUUUCUUUUUCCAUUGUCAUUUUCUGAUUUUGGUGUCUAGGUGAUUCUGGCCUCUUAACAUGUGUUAAAAGGUGUUCUAUUAUUCAGAAGACAGUGUAUAGUAUAGAAUUGGUUUGGUGUAUUCUUUUAAUGAUUGGUAGUAUUCUCCAGUGAACCAUUUAGUCUUGAAGAAUUUUCUUUUGAAUGCUUCUUAAUUACUUAUUUAUUUUAUUUAAUAUGUAUAGAACUAUUCAGUUUCUGUUUCAUAUUGGAUAUGUUUUUAUAGUUUAUCUUUUUCUAGAAAUUGUCCCAUUUCAUCUAAAUGUUCUUAUUUGUUUAAAGUGUUCCUUUAUUAUCAUUCUGAUGGCAGCAGAAUCUGUAUUUAUAACCCAUAUUUUAUUCCUGAUGUUGGAAAUGUGUUCUCUUUUGUCAGUCUUCUCAGACAUAUAUCAGUUUUUUAAAUCAUUAAAAAAACCCCAGCACUUUAUAUCAUUUUUUCCUCUGUCUUUUCCUAAUUUCACUGAUUUUUUUUCCCCCUGAUCCUUAUUACAUCAUUUCUUCUAUUUGCUUUGGUACUAUUUUCCUCUGCAGUUUCUUGAGGCGGGUGCUUAGGUUAUUGAUUGAGGAUUUUUUUUUUUCACUUUAUUAAUAUAAGCAUUAAAUUCUAUAAAUUUCCCUCAGUACUGUUGUAGUUUAUUAUGUUCUAAUUACAUUUCAUUCAGGUCUAAAUAUUUCUUUAUUCAAGACUGUCUGUGUAACCCAUUGAUUAUUUAGAAGUAUGUUGUUUAAUUUUGCAGUGUUCGGAGUAUUUUGUGCUUUCUUCUUGUUUUGGAUUUCAUUUGUUUUAUAUUUGAUUUGGCUAUUUAAAUUUGUUGUGGUUUGUUUUAUGAUCCAAGAUAUAGUCUAUCUUGAAUGUUCAAUAAGGCUGCUUGAAAAGAACGUGUAUCCUACUGUCAUUGGGUGGAAUUUGUAUAUGUGUGUUCCCGAUCCUGUUCAUUGAUGAUGUUUUUCCGAUUUUGUCUGCUGAUUUCCUGCCUCUAAUUUCUAUCAAUAGCUGAAAAGGGGGGUGUUGUCCUGCAGUUUAAUUCUAGAAUUAUCUCUUCCUCCUUUAAGUUCUAUCAGUUUUCACUUCAUGCAUUUCAAAGCUCUGUUACUUGGUACAGAUGCACUUAGGAUUGCUAUGUUAUCUUGGUGUAUUGACCCUUUUAUCAUUAUUCUUUGUUUUCUUUUUGCUCCUGUGAAGUUUUUUUGCUUUGAAGUAUUCUUUAUCUGAUAUUAAUAUAGUCACUAUUGAGAUUUUUAAUUAAUGUGUGCAUGGUUUAUAUUUUUCCAUAAUAUAUUUUCAACCUUAUCUAUAUUGUUACAUUUCAAGUAAUGUAAUAUGUGAAUAUUGUGAGUAGCAUAUACUUGCCUCAUUUUUUAAUGUCUAUUUUACUGAUUUCUUUUUAAAAAUUGGUAUGUUUAGGUCAUUUAAGUUUAAAAUAAUUAUUGAUAUUUUCAGGGCUUACACUUACCAUUUUAUGAUGUUUUUGUUACCUGGUUUUUGUUGCCCUGUUGUUUGGUUUUGGGAGGUACUUUUUGUUUGUUUUGCCUUCUUUUAAGUAACUUUUAAAAGUUACUAACUUUUAAUGUUAGGAAUUCCGCUUGAUAUAUCUGUGAUGUUUUUGAGAAUAUGUCUUGUUUUUUAGUGGUUACUUUAGGUAUUAUAUUGUACAUACAUAACUUAUCAGAGUGUACAGUAUCAACAUUUUAGCACUUUGACAUGUAGAAACUUACUUCCAUUGGGUACGUUAUUCUCCAUUCUUUAAUAUAACUGUCUAUAAAGUGUUGCCUUUUUGUAUGCUGAGCACCAUAUUGGAUGAUUUUUUUUUUUUUUUUUGCUUCAGCUGUCAAACCACUUUUGCAAAACUCAUAAGAAGCACAGUCUGUUUACUCAUUACAUUGCUCUUUUCUUCCUUCUUGAAAUCCCAGGUUUCUUCCAUUAACAGUUUUUCUUUUUAAAUUAUUUACCCCAAGAACACCUGUAGCCUGUCUUUUUGUGGUAGGUUUUCUGGUAACAAAUGUUUUUGUUUUCCUUCGUCUAAGAAUGUCUUUAUUUCUCCUUCAUUCCCAAAGGAUGUUUUUGUGGGGUAUAGGAUUCAGGGUCAACAGUUCUUUUCUUUUAGUACUUGAAAGGCAAGUCAUUUCCUUGUCUUCCAUGGUUUCAGAUGAGAAAUCUGCUGCCAUUUGACUCAUUAUUUCUGUAUCUGUACUGUAUCCAUUUUGUCAAGUACUUUCAGUGUUUUUUCUUUGUAUAUAGAGUUCAGAAGUUUGAUCAUGAUGCAACCUGCCAUAACAUUUGGGGCUUAUCCUGUCUGGUGUUUGCUUAACUUUUAAAAUUUUGUAGUAUAUGCCAUUUGGAAAAAUUGGGAAAUUUUUACUUAUGCUUCAAAUAGUUUUUUCAGCCCCUCUUUUUCAGGGGCUCCAGUAACAUGAAUGGUGUGCUCUUGUUCUUCUUCCAUAGGACCCUCAGACUUGUACCUUUUUGUUUCCCCAGGGUGUUUUUCUCUGUUGCUCAUAUUGACUAAUUCCCAUUGAGCUCUCUUUGAGCUCACUAAUUCUUUCCCUCUUAUGUAUAAUCUACUAUUGAGCUCACGCAGUGAAUUUUCAUUUUGGUUUUUGAAUUUUUCAGUUGUUUGAUUUUCUGUUUUGUUCUUUUAUACAUCUUCUAUUUCUUUGCCUAGUUUAUGAUGCCAAAGAAGGACUCAGAAUACAGCAAAACUUGUAGUCCAAAGUCAUUGGUCUCUGGUAGUUUAUCUUAAUUAUUCGAAAUCCUAAAUUACCUGGAGGAAUGGAAGACCUGCAGUCUUCUUUGUUGUUAUCCAUAAAUAGUUCUCAAGAAAAUAAAACUGGGUGACCUUCA